AUGAAGUUUGCAUGGAAAUUACUGUCAUCGGAUUGCUUAUGGGCAACUUUUUUUCGGGCAAAAUAUACGAAGCAUGGUUUGAUUGAUGUCUCCACUUUACGCUAUAUAGGCUCUCAAUUCUGGUGCUCUAUUGUGGGAUGCAUCCCUAAUGUGAUUAACAGUAGUCAAUGGCAGAUUAGGGAGGGUUCUAUCUCGUUCUGGUAUGCUCAUUGGUUAGAUGACGGCCCUUUGUCACGGGACGCAUCACAUAUUGAUCAACCAACUCUUAGAAUCAAAGAUAUUUGCUUGGAUAGUGAUUGGAAUAUGAAUCAAUUACUGCAACUUGUAGGGGAAGACAAAGCCUCUAGUGUUAUGGCUAAGGUGAGUAAAUGUAGAGAGGGGGAUAAUGUUCUUAUUUGGAAAACGAAUAGUGAAGGAACAUUCUCUUCCAAGAGUGCAUGGGACAUUAUUAGAGUUCGGCAACCCCAAACCUCUUGGGGUAGAUGGGUAUGGCAUUCUGCACUCCCAAAAAGAAUGUCAGUGAUAAUGUGGAAGGCUUUUUCUAAAGCUUUAAGUGUUGAUGGUAGAGUUCGGCAAAUGGGUAUAGCGUUAGCUUCUCGUUGUGAUUGCUGCCUUACAGGAAAUGAAGAAACACCCAACCAUGUUCUUAGUAUAGGUAAGGUGGCAAACAAAGUUUGGAGGAAAGUUUCGGUGGCUUUGGGUAUUCGGUGGAGAUCUAAACAAAACUGGUAUGAUAGAGUAAAUUAA